AUGUACGCCUUUUCAAAUGAACAAGGUCGACCCUUUGACCCUCGCUUACUUCUGAACAACGCUGUCUCAAAUGUGAUCUGUGCGCUUGUGUUUAGUAAUCGAUUUGACUACAGUGACCAUCACUUCCAGACUCUGUUAAAACACAUCAACGAGGCCUUAUAUCUGGAAGGAACAGUCUGGGCUCAGCUUUACAACUUUUUCCCAUGGCUCAUGCGACGACUGCCUGGACCACACCAAAAAAUAUUUGUUCUGUUGAACAAAGUGAUUGACUUUGUUAGAGAGAAGGUGAAUGAACACAGAGUGGAUUAUGAUCCAUCAAAUCCUCGAGACUACAUUGACUGCAUUCUAGCUGAGAUGGAAAAGCUUAAAGACGACACAGCUGCAGGGUUUGAUGUGGAGAACUUGUGCAUCUGUACUCUGGAUCUGUUUGUAGCAGGAACUGAGACCACCUCCACCACUCUGUAUUGA